AUGGCAAGUCUGGUCGCCUCAGCAUUGCGUAGCAAGCUAUCGAAAAUGGGGUCCAGCACUCUGGCCGCUGUAUCCGAAGGCAUCGCUGUUGGGGCAGAUCUUCUGCCCUGGGGCCCUCAGACGCAGGAUCGACGAUUUUAUCGCAACCGUGGUGUAUUGAAGCUUCAUUGCAGCGAAUGUCGUUAUGUUAUCCGUCGGUGGCACAUUCCAAUUCUUGCCGUGGACUGCAGCGCAAACGUGAGGCACAAGCAGGCCCUUACCAAUCCUCCGAUUCGGUCUCGCUGGUCUACCCAGUUCCCUGAGUACUUGCGUCCGUGGGUGGAAGGGAAGCAGUAUCCUCGGCACCCUCACUACAGACAGGCAUUUACUUUCCAAUGCUACCACAAAACCAAGCAUUUGAGGCUGAGAUGA